CCCCAUUUGAUUCCCACCAAAGGAGUUCGAGUACAAUUAAGAAAAUACACUCACUGGCUCGAGAAUUUCCUGUUCUCUUUGUUCUUCAGACACUGAUUCUGAACAAGUUAUUGAUCCGAUGUCCGACCUCGGAUGAAAUCAGGGCUGGGGCUUCUUCUUUAAGAUUGUGUCACGUUACAUGCAUUGCUGAGCAGCUUAGAGAAAUGAUUCACUCUUAUCAAGUUCAAAAGCUUGUCGUGCGUUAAUAAAAUUAGCUCAAUUUGGAGGGAAAUGCUUCCAAGAAAAGAGGAAAUGCUGUAAUGGCUAGAAAGGCAAUGAUCAAAUGGCCGAAAGAAAUCACGUCAACACUGGUUGAACGGCUAAUUAGAGCAGAAAGGGACUUGCAUAAAGCUAUUAACAUAUUUGAUGCAGCAACAGCGGAGUACACUAAUGGUUUCAGGCAUGAUCAAAACACCUUCAGUCUCAUGAUUUCUAGACUAGUCUCUGGGAACCAGUUCAGAUCAGCUGAGGACCUACUCAAUAGAAUGAAAGACGAGAAGUGUAAUAUUACAGAAGACAUUUUCCUCUCCAUUUGCAGAGCCUAUGGUCGGGUUCACAGGCCACUUGACGCAAUUAGGAUUUUCCGGAAGAUGAAGGAAUAUGAGUGUCCACCUACAGUAAAGUCUUACAUUACAAUCUUUUCCAUUCUUGUUGAUGAAAACCAGUUAAAAAUUGCUCUAUGGUUUUACAGAUAUAUGCGAGAAAAAGGAAUAACACCAACUGUUGUUUCCCUCAAUGUUUUGAUCAAAGCCCUUUGCAAAAACAGUGGAACACUAGAUGCUGCUUUUCGGAUUUUCCAUGAGAUGCCCAAUCACGGGUGUAUUCCAGAUUCUUACACAUAUGGUACACUGAUCAAUGGGUUGUGUAGAUCGGGGAAGAUAAGUGAGGCAAAAGAGCUCUUCGCGGAGAUGGACAUAAAAGGUUGUUCACCCACUGUUGUUACCUACACUUCUUUGAUUCAUGGCUUAUGCCAUUCAAACAAUAUGGAUGAAGCUAUGGGAUUAUUUAACAAGAUGUUGAGCAAAGGUAUUGAGCCCAAUGUGUAUACUUACAGUUCUCUCAUGAAUGGGCUUUGCAAGAGUGGACAUUGCUCACAAGCUAUGGAGAUAUUGGAAAUAAUGGUUACCAAACGCCAUGUGCCAAACAUAAUAACUUACAGUACUUUAAUUCAUGGAUUCUGUAAAGAAGGAAAGCUUCGAGAAGGUUUGGAGAUUCUCGAUAGGAUGAAGGUCCAGGGCUUGAAACCAGACGCAGGGUUGUAUUGGAAAAUAAUAAAUGGCUUUUGUGAAGUUAAGAAGUUCCAAGAAGCUGCAAACUUCCUCGAUGAGAUGGUCCUUGGGGGGGUUUCACCAAAUCGUUUAAAUUGGAGCCUUCAUGUUAGAAUUCAUAAUACUGUAGUCCAAGGCCUUUGUACGGUGAGUAUUCCAAACCGGGCAUUUCAAUUGUAUCUAAGCAUGCGCACCAGGGGAAUUUCAGUUGAGGCCAAAACAUUUGAUUUUCUUGUCAAAUUUUUCUGUAAGAAAGGGGACCUGCAUAGAGGCGGUUGGAUUGUUGAUGAGAUGGUCCUUGAUGGAUGCAUUCCUGAUGAGGGAACAUGGAGUGCUGUGGUAGGUGUAUUUUGGGAGCGGAGGAAGGUUCGUGAAGCUGCAGAAUUGUUACAGGUUGAGCUGAUAGGCGAAGUUGUUGAGGCUGGAACACGAAUCUAAAACUGAGUUUACAAAUAAGUAAUCCCCAUGUAUACGUGUAAACCAUUUCAUUUUUAUUUCUGAAUGCAUAAGAGUUUUUAUCAUGUUGUGCCACCUUGGAAGCACGCAUUCCUGGAUCAGGAUGUUGUGAUUGUAAUACCUAGUAGAUGAAAUGUACAUGUUGACCGCCCCAUUCCUAAUUAUACAGUGGACUUGCAUGACAGAUCCAUGUGUCUCUUGGUUUGAGGGGUCGGUCAUGGAACUUCCAGAUAAUGGAGCUGCAGGGUUAUUCAUUAUAAUACGUACCUGGUUAGCAUAA